GCACCCUUUCUUUUUCCAGGAGUACAUUGUUCGGUGUGAUGGCUCAGCUGACUGAGGACACCCAGCCUGUAUUUGAGACCACCGUUAAAUCCAAGGCUGUGUCAGAGAAUUGUAAUGUGAAGUUGACAUGUGUGGUUACAGGUAACCCAGCCCCAGAACUGACGUGGUACCGAGACGACAUGGAGUUGGACCGAUACUGCGGUCUUCCAAAAUAUAAAAUUGUCUGCAAUGGAAAAACUCACACACUCCAUAUUUACAACUGCACAGUGGAUGAUGCAGCCAUCUACCAGGCUUCAGCCAGGAACAGCAAAGGCAUUGUCUCCUGCUCUGGGGUUCUGGAGGUAGGCACCAUGAGCGAGUACAAGAUCCACCAGAGGUUCUUUUCCAAGCUGAAACAGAAGGCAGAGAACAAGAAGAGGGAGUUGGAGGAGAGCAGGAAAAGGGGCAAGGAGAACAUCCAGAAAGAGCCUCUGGAACAGCAGCCUCUCCGAAGAAGCCCGAUCCCAUCUCAGAGGAAACGCCGGUCCUCAAGCGUCCCCUCCUCACCACCAGAUGGGGAGGAGAUCACAGUCAGCCAGGGGGAAGAGGCUGUGGAGCAGCUAUCACCUGCUGUUGAAGAACCUAAUGGGGUCAGUGCUAAAGCCAGUGAACCGGCUCCAGUAAAACCUACAGAGAAUGGGGGCAAAAUUCCCAACAGAGAAACCAGAGAAGCCAAAAAGAAAAUAAAGAUCUCAAAUGGUGUAGAUUCUGGUGUUGUCAGCAGUAGUCAUACAGGACCAGGCAGUAGUCAUACAGGCCCGGGCACCGGAGAAAAUUCAUAUGAUGGAGGGAUAAGUUUGUCUCAAUUUCUGGCAGAUACCCUUCAUUCGCAGACUGCUGAAGAAAAGAUCCCUGUACAAGUGGAGGAAACAUUGGCAGCGGAGACAAUGGAUACUACUACUGCUGAUCCUGAAACGGAUGUGAGAGAGGAAAAGGGGAGAGAGAGGAUUCUUGGAGAACAGGAAAGAGAGAAAAUGAGAGGAGGAGAACUGUCAAUUGAGAGCGAAAAAGAAAGAGCAAGAGAAGCAGAACAGUUGCAUAGGACAACAGCACAUAGCGACACAGCCUCCGAAGUCAAAAUGGAGGCUAAGACACAUGCCCACAAGGAGGGAGAUCAUCACGAUCACCACCACAUGCAGGAAACUCUUUCCAAUGUGCUCCACUCAGUCAAAUACUUUUUCUUUGGUAAGAGCAAGAAGGAUCAUGCUUCUCAUGAUCAUCAUGUGAAAGGUCAGGAGAGCGAGAGAGGUCAUACAUUAGCCCCAACACAGCCAUACCCUAGCCUUCCCCAUCCACAUCCACAAGAGCAAGAUGGUCAACCAGAGGUGUAUAAAACCCCCACAGAGGAGACAGUACCCAUGGAGGUAGAUAGGCUACAGAAAGCCCCGAUAACUCUGUUACCACACCAGCAGCCAGAUUCAUUGGAGCGGCUAAACCCAGAUGAACACGAGCGUGGAAUUACUAUUUCACACCCAGAAGAACCCCCUUCAGCUUCCAAAAGAGCACCAGAGAAUGUGCCUCAUUCACUGAAGCAUGUUGAGCAGAGGGCCAUGGAUGUAUGUCUGGAGGUGAUCAGCAACACUACAGAGACAGUGCCCAUGUCUGCCCCUCCAGCCCUCAGUGAGGCUGCCGAGGAUCAGACCCAGGCAGACUCAGUCCCCCACAUGGUUGUUUCAGCCCCACAUGAGAUAAACAUCCAAGUGUUUUCACCCGGGACUGAUCAGGUGACAAGACUAAAUGGUAAAACUGAAGAUUUACACAAACAGGGUAUAUCUGACUCUACACGGAACCCAGACCCCAGCAGUGGAGCAGGUCCCCACAUGUCAAACCUAACUAGUACGGAUGACAGUGGGAGUGCUCCUAACAAUAAUGUCCCACCCACAGUCAGCCAGUGCCUCAUCGAAAGUGAAAAAGAGAAGGAAAUGCAUGUGGAUGACAAGGGCAUUGAAAGUGUCUAUAAGAAUCAUGAAGAGAAAAGUGAUGUCAAAGCAGAGAAUCAACCAUGCCCCACUUUAAAUGUGAGUGCAGGGAUAUUUGAUAUCAAAACACCUGCUGUGGAAGAGAGAAUUGAAACAUGCCAUUUUAAAACACAAGAGCAGCAGACUCUUACUUUGGAUGAUAAAGUUAGUACACACGAUUCUAAGUCCCAAGACAAGUAUAUUGAUACUUUGCAAGAGAAUGUAGAGACAAUUUCUUCAAAAGCACACAUAGAAUGCAUCCCGGUUUUAGAGGAGAGUAAAGAGAAAAUACAUAACAAGGAGGAGGAGAUACAUUUCAAAAGAUUGGAGGAAUCUUCUCCCACUUUGCUGCAAAAGAGUUUAAAGAAUAGAGAUCUAAAAAUACCAGAUGAAUACCCUCCUGUGGCAGGGGAGAGCAUAGAGGACCAUGAUCUCAACACAAAAAGGAAAUCUCUCUUAGCUUUAGAGAAAAGUGUUGAAAGUGCCUUAAAAGUGGAAUGUACUCCUGCUUUGGAGAAUAGGUUAGUGGACUGUCCAUUUGGCAACCAGAAUGUGAGAUUACAGAGAAAUGAGGUGCCAACCCUCACUAUGGAGAAACGGGUUGACAUUGUGACCGAGAUAAAGGUAGAAAUGCUGGGUGAAUCUAAGAGCCACUCAGAGAGACAGCCUGUGAGAGGCUCUGCCAUUGUGCCCGCUGAGCAACCAGUGGCAGCAUCAGUUACCAGUCGAAAGGCUAAUGCCACUCAUCUGGGUGGAUAUUCUAGAAAUGUAACAGAGAUUAGAAUUGUAGAUUCUGCUCUUAAAAUCCCAGAAAUCAAAAUUAUUGUGACAGAACAACAGACAAAAGAGGAGCCAACGAUUAUACCAAAUAUAGAGAUUACGGAACCAGAAGUCAAAGAGCCUACACAGCCAUUAAUACGUAUUACACCCAAUGAACCUACAUCAGAGUCAGCCAUUUUCCAAAAGGAUGAUGCAAAAGAUGUUUUAGACAUAAUGAUCACAGAAAAAAGUGCAGCUGUUACCCCAGUGAUGAUUGAUGUGACACCCACUCAAGAAAGUAAGCAGAAUAAUAUUAUCAUCGAACCAAUGGAGAAAGUGCAGGAAGUUACACCAGUUGAAGAGGCAAAAACGCCUACGGCAGAGAAACCAACGAAUAGUGAGUGCCUCACAAAGACGGAUAAUAAGUUAAUUCCUAAAAGAAAUGUUUCAUAUUCUGAUGAUAGUGAACUAGACCAUGAGCAUCCACAAGUUAAGCCCCUCGUCUUAGAUACAGGAACAUCGGAGGAAGUACCCAAAGUGCCUCUGUUUGUGGUCCCUCCUAUUUCUGUAAUCUGUGAGGAUAGCCCUUUUGAAAGCGAAGAGCUUCUUAAAAAUGAGAGUAAAGAAUCAGAAUCCUUCGUGGCUAUGCUCAGGGGGGUCAAGAGUGAUUUAGAAAAUUCUUCUACCCCUGAGUCUGACAAACCCCAUAGUAUUCCUCAAAAACAGACUAUAGAAACAAAGGAACGUAGCGUGAUAGACAAUAUCCCCUCUGUGUCAUAUAAACCCGUAAUGCCAACAGAAGAAACAACAAUCCAAAAAGCUGAGGCCUUCAGUAUUACAGAAACUGAUAAGGUAAAACCACUCAAAGAGUCAAGGAUAGAGUCUUACAUCAUUGGCGAUGAACCAAGAGAAAGAACCCCUAUUGAGAGGCUUGCUGUCAAACCCCCAACACCCCCCAGGAGUCCCAGUACUCUUCGUAGGUUAAUGUCCAGGACUCCCCCUGCCAUUACUGUGGAUGACCCUGCUAACAGUGAGAAGGCAGGAUUGGAGCAGAGUGGUGGAGACACCCCAACGUCCUCCCUGUCUUGUGAGAGCAGCCCCAAGCUGAAAAGAAGGGACAGUCUGACCCUCAUCCGCUCUGCCACGCCUGAGGAGCUGGCGUCUGGAGCUCGCCGCAAGAUCUUCAUCCCCAGAGAGGGAGAAGGGGUAGUGGUGGCGCUGGGUGUGGGUGGUAGCCCACUGGACACCCAGGUCAAGGAGGCGACUCCAUACUUGUCGCCCAGUCAGGCUCGCAGGGCGGCAUUCCUGCAGGCCCCAGCAGGCUCACAGACCCCACCGCUGGAGAGACGCUCCCCUCUGCUGAGCCGUAGGAAGGCAACUCUGGAGGUGCCUAAAGUUGUGGAGACCAACACAGAGGAGCCAGAGAGCCCAAAGACUGAGGUCAAACCUCCUGAAAAGGAGAAGCUGAACCCCUUCAAAGCUCCUCAGGUUAUCCGUAAAAUCAGGGGAGAGCCCUUCCCAGAUGCCUCAGGACACUUGAAACUCUGGUGCCAGUUCUUCAACGUGCUCAGUGACUCCUCCAUCAAGUGGUACAGGGACGAGGAAGAGAUAGUUGAGGUGAAAAGAAGUGGAGGAGAUGAGAGCCAAGUAGCGCUGGCCAUCGUCCAGACAUCCAGUCAAGAUUGUGGGGUGUACGGCUGCACAAUCAAGAACGAAUUUGGGACUGAUUCAACUGACUUCCUUCUCAGCGUAGACUUACUUUCAGAGUACUUCCUGCGUGAGGAUUUAGAAGUUGGAGAAGAGAUAGAAAUGACUCAAAUGCUAUUCACCAAAGGCCUAGCAGACCCGGGAUACUGGGGGGAGAAGUUCUUUGGGCGCAUCAUGACACAAGAGGCCCACCUGGGAGAGGGCUGUGCACACAAGGCCUGCAGGGUGAAGGUCAUCUAUGGCCUGGACCCUGUGUUUGAGUCCGGAACCAACUGCAUCAUCAAAGUACAAAACCCCAUCGCCUAUGGGACCAAUGAGGACAGUAACCUUGCAGAGAGAAACAUGGAAAUUACUAAGCAGGAGUGCAAAAUCCAAAACACAGUUCGGGAGUAUUGCAAAAUCUUUGCUGCUGAGGCGAGGGUGAUUGAAAACUUUGGCUUUUCACUGGAAGUAAGCCCUCUUUAUCUGAUGUACCGCCCUGCCAACUCGGUCCCAUAUGCCACUGUAGAGGCUGACCUGAAGGACAUCUUCCUCAAGUACUGUAUGAUGGAUGCGAAAGGCAGGCUGAUCACCAGAGCCACCUCAGAGGUGGAAAUGAAAUGCUGCUCCUUCCAGCAUUGGAUCCACCAAUGGACAAACGGCAACUUACUGGUCACUGGGCUGGAGGGUGUUGGACCAAAGAUCACUAAAGUUAGAAUCGUCACAAAAUUGAAGGGGUAUCAAGGCCUUACAGAGGAUGGUUCUCCUAAGGUGUUUGAGCAGUUCCUGACUCAGCAUCAGUGUAACUACUACUGUGGGCUUCUCAGCCUGAGAACCCUGAAGCCCAUGGACACCCUGCAGCAGCCCCCCAAAAUCAAAGUCUCCCGAAGCCCCCUGCUCGGCAGAAAGUUGGGCUCAUCCAGCCCUCAGCUCAACAGGAAGUUGCUCUCAUCCAGCCCCCAGCUACAGAGAAAAGGACUUAACAGCCCCUUGACAACCAGAAAGUCAACCUCCAGCCCAAAGGUGCCAAGAAAGACUGGGGAGACAGAAAACAAGUCCACAGCCAAACCCAAUGCCGAUGACAGACUCAAAGUUGUGUUAUGAGGUAAAAAUGACAAAAGGGAAUACAUAUCAAAACAGCUUCCCUUUUCCUUCACGCAAACAUUCAACUUUGUUUUCCUGUCACCUAUUACCGUAUUUAGUUUGGUUGAAGCUAAGAUGACCAGCAUGGCCAUUGAACAAAAUGCAGCAGACUUUGUGCCUGAAAAGUCCUCAUCCAAGAGAAAAACAGGGAGAUUAGUUCAAAUCUAGGGAAUAGGUCAAUGACUGACCCUGUUGGAUGGUUGUGUAACAAUACUGUGAAUUUCUCAAUCACAAUCAGUAGUAAGAUACUCCCCUUCUCCAGCUUACUGUUGAACUGCUGAACUGGUUAAUUGAGUGGAGGUACAGUACUUUUAAGGUCUCUUCAACUUCCAGCACUAAGGAAAUGGGACACAGUGAUUCACCUCAGGUUCAGAACCAAGUGCUCUGUCCCCUGCAAAGGAGAAUAGACCUAUGAAGUGGUUGAAACAAUGGUGCUGGAUGAAAAGUGGUGGCUGUAAGCAGCAAUCUAAUAGCUUGAUGCAGAUGCAAGGGGAUUGGAGUGCACCAACUGCCUUGUACAUCUGUGAUGUACUGUAUAUGUCUUGGACAUACAGUGCAUUCGGAAAGUAUUCAGACCCCUUGACUUUUUACAUCAUUUUGAUACGUUACAGCCUUAUUCUAAAAUUGAUUAAAUUAUUUUUUUCUCUCAUCAAUCUACACACAAUACCAAACAAUGACAAAGUGAAAACAGGUUUUCAGAAUUUUUGCAAAUGUAUUAAAAAUAAGACAGAAAAACCUUAUUUACAUAUGUGUUCAGACCCUUUGGUAUGAGACUCGAAAUUGCAUCCUGUUUCCAUUGAUCAUCCUUGAGAUGUUUCUACAACUUGAUUGGAGUCCACCUGUGGUAAAUUCAAUUGAUUGGACAUUUGGAAAGGCACACACCAGUCUAUAUAAGGUCCCACAGUUGACAGUGCAUGUCAAAGCAAAAACCAAGCCAUGAGGUAGAAGGAAUUGUCCGUAGAGCUCCGAGACAGGUUUGUGUCGAGGCACAGAUCUGGGGAAGGGUACCAAAAAAUGUCUGCAGCAUUGAUGGUCCCCAAGAACACAGUGGCCUCCUUCAUUUUGAAAUGGAAGAAGUUUGUAACCACCAAGACUCUUCCUAGAGCUGGCCAUCUGGUCAAACUGAGCAAUUGGGGGAGAAUGGCCUUGGUCACGGAGGUAGAGUGGCCAGACGGAAGCCACUCCUCAGUAGAAGGCACAUGACAGCCCGCUUGGAGUUUGCCAAAAGGCACCUAAAGGACUCUCAGACCAUGAGAAACAAGAAACAUGAUAACUUUUUGGCCUGAAUUUCAAGCGUCAAGUCAGGAGGAAACCUGGCACCAUUCCUACAUUGAAGCAUGGUGGUGGCAUCUUCGGGACAAGUCUUUGAAUGUCCUUGAGUGGCCCAGCCAGAGCCCAGACUUGAACCCGAUAAAACAUCUCUGGAGAGACCUGAAAAUAGCUGUGCAGCAAUGCUCCCCAUCCAACCUAAAAGAGCUUGAGAGGAUCUGCAGAGAAGAAUGGGAGAAACUCACCAAAUACAGGUGUGCCAAGCUUGUAACGUCAUACCCAAGAAGACUCGAGGCUGUAAUCGCUGCCAAAGGUGCUUCAACAAAGUACUGAGUAAAGGGUCUGAAUACUUGUGAUAUUUCAGUAUUUUUGCAAAAAUGUCUAAAAAACUGUAUUCCUUUGUCAUUAUUGGGUAUUGUGUGCAGAUUGAGGGAGAAAAAAAUCAAUUUGAUCAAUUUUAGAAUAAGGCUGUAACGUAACAAAAUGUGGAAUAAGUCUAGGUGUCUGAAUACUGUCCAAAUGCACUGUAGAAAUAGUUUUUGUUGGUCAGUAAUUUGAUCUUGUUAAUGUUAGUGGAAUAGCAUGUUCUAAGAUGUUCUAUUAUGGCAGUAUUAUGUCCUAAAACUAUGCAAUGCACUCUUCCAAAUACUGAGCAAAGACAAUAUUGCCUCUUUACUGAGAAUUUGUUUUUGUGCACAUUUUUUGCAAAUGUUUUCUUGCCUUUUGAAAAUUGUCAGGUUUUUGUAGUUCAGUUCAUUUUUGUUGAACUUUAUAAACCCCAUAAUCUGUUAAUUAGAAAAUAAUAUGUUCACAGCUUAAGUCUGAACAGUACAGUACACCGAUCCCCUUACCCUGGUUCCUCAAACGAUUGGCACUUGUCGUGAUAUGUAACUGACAAAGCUUUGAGUGUUGAAGAAUGGGAAGGGGCUUAUAGAAAUUAACACUAACUUUGUUAGUGCCAUUUACACGCAUGAGUCAACUUACAAAGUGAAAGACAUGGCUAUAUAAUAUGAGAACCAUGUAAAAACUGGGUUAGACCUGGCCCAUGGUCACAGUAAAGCAGUAGCUCACCUGGUAGCUUAUCUUUAUGACUGUAAUUGAUAUGCAUUCACAUCAUUCACACUUCUGGUGUUUACUUAUUCAUGAACUGUAGAUGACCGUGUCAAAAAUACUGUAAGAAAAUUGUGGUCUGUUGUGACAUGAGCAAACUGUUAAAUGUCUGUAAUGUGUGUAAUGGGUUGAUAUUGUCACUAGUUUGUAGUGUAUGUACUGGAGUGAGUGAGUGAGUGAGUGAGUGAGUGAGUGAGUGAGUGAGUGAGUGAGUGAGUGAGUGAGUGAGUGAGUGAGUGAGUGAGUGAGUGAGUGAGUGAGUGAGUGAGUGAGUGAGGUAUAUGUGUGUGCUUGUUGGCAGAGUGCUACUGAAAUGAAUGUCCAUGACACUGUAAUAUUUGGUAUGUUAUGUGGUGCCAACAGAUUUUGUAAAAUAAAAGUGUACAUACCAUUCUUGUCAAACGUUCAUACUCAUAUUUUUACGUACUGUAUUUACAGAUUUACUCAAUGUUAUAAUUUACAAUCAAUAUACAAUUCAGUAUUUCUUUACAUUUAUUUUCAUAAUAUCUGUCUUCUGACACUUUGAAUGAAAGGGUGAAUCAUAAGAAAUAAAUAUUUUUAAAAAUA